AUGGAUCUUUCAGAGCUUCCGGCCGCGCAACGGCCUAUGAGCGUCGAGCAGCUGGUCAAGGCAGCACAAGACUUUGACUAUAAUCCUUUAAUCCCCCUUCGUUACUGGCUUCGUACAGCAGAUACCUUAUUGAAAGAGGCACGCAUCUAUGAAUUAGAAGGCAACGACCAACAGGCGUACUUACUUCUCUUCCGACAUGCGCAACUCGUCCUGGGACAUCUCACAGACCAUCCUGAUGGCCGUCUAAAGGAGAACCGACAGGCCUUGACUGAGGCGAAGAAGGCAGUGAAUCGUAAUCUGGCGAAACUCGAGGUACUAAAACCCCGGAUCAACAAGAGGUACCAAAGGUAUGAGGAACUGGUUCGAGCACGAGAGGAUCUACGAAAGGCCAGUGCAAAUCCCAGCGAUCAUCAAUAUGACGGAUGCGAUAUAUCGACACUGUCACGGACACCGUUAGACCCCGCCGCAAUUGCUCCGCGUACGCUCGCAGCCAGCGAGAACAAAGAUCUUGCAGUCGAACUAGCCCAUAAGGAAAUCAGACGACGGCAGACGCUACGUAGAGCAGUACGACAAGCGGGAAUAUCAUCCCAGGAAGAGCAUGAAAGACGGACGGCAGGCAUCUGGGGCGACUGGGAGGAAGCGCUUGCACGGCACGGCCAACCCAGGGACAAGGACGACGUGAGUCAACGAGUGCAAGAAACACGGAGGUACAUGGACCAGAUGAACCGGAUAUCAUCCGCCCAAGGAAGAGACAUGGACGACGCUGCACCGCGAUCUAGGCUCCCAGCUUCACAAAGUGCAUAUCAAUAUCCGUCAGUACCUGCAAAAAGCGCGCACGAAUCUUGGACGCCAAGCACUGUAUCAUCACCAUCACAUACUUCACCACAUAACAUCGACCCUCUACCUCUCCGACCACCUAAAGAAUUGCCAAACGAUCGCAGCGAUUACUUUGUGCCUCUGCGACCAGAAAAGACUCCCAUACAAUCCGCAUCACCUACACCACCGCCUCUUCCUCCUUUCUCGACCGCCUCACCGCCUCCGGCACCUCCAAAAGCAGAUCUCAACCCCUCAACGUUUACAUUUAAACCCGCAGCAUACCUUGAAAACGGCACGCCUCUCCGAACCAUUUUCCUUCCUCCGAAUUUAAGAUCAGUAUUCCUCGACAUUGCUGCGCCCAAUACCCGCGCAAACCUCGAAACUUGCGGCAUUCUGUGCGGGACACUCAUCUCCAAUGCAUUAUUCAUCUCCAAACUGGUCAUCCCAGAACAAGAAAGCACAUCAGAUACAUGCGAGACUGUAAACGAAUCUGCUCUCUUCGACUAUUGCGAUUCGGAAGACCUCAUGGUCCUAGGAUGGAUCCACACACAUCCAUCGCAGACGUGCUUCAUGAGCAGCCGGGACCUUCACACUCAUUGUGGCUAUCAGGUCAUGAUGCCGGAAAGCAUAGCAAUAGUGUGUGCCCCAAGCAAGGAACCUUCAUGGGGCGUCUUCCGCCUAACCGACCCACCCGGUCUCAAAACCAUCCUCAACUGCCGCCAACCAGGCCUCUUCCACCCGCACGGCGAAGGCAACAUUUACACCGACGCCUUGCGUCCAGGCCACGUUUUCGAAGCAAAGGGAUUAGAAUUCGAAGUCGUGGAUCUUCGUCCAUCACGUUAA